AUGGUGACGAACUUAGGAUUGGUGAAUCUGCCGAAUCAGCAAUACCGGCUGUUGGCGAAAAAAGGUGCUACGUUCACGAUAAUGGUUGUAGGAGAGAGUGGACUGGGCAAAACCACGUUCAUCAACACGCUUUUUGCCACGUCUGUCAAGACCCACAGCGACGACCAGUUGCGGCACGAGCAGCCUGUCCGCAAAACGGUGGAGAUUUCGAUUACCCGUGCUGAGCUCGAAGAAAAAGGAUUCAAGUUGCGGUUGAAUAUCAUCGACACGCCUGGUUUCGGCGACAACGUCAACAACACCAACGCGUGGGAGCCGAUUGUAGAUUUUAUUGACGAUCAACACGAGGCCUAUAUGCAGCAAGAAAACCAGCCGGACCGCAAGGCAAAGUACGAUAUGCGCGUCCAUGCCUGCCUCUACUUUAUUCGCCCCACCGGACACUCCCUCAAGCCUCUGGAUAUCGAGGCUCUUCGGGCGCUGGCUACCCGGGUCAAUGUAAUUCCGGUUAUUGCCAAGGCAGAUACUUUGGACGCUGACGAGAUGCAACUGUUCAAGGAGCACAUUAGAUCCGUUCUCGACUCCCAAAACAUUACUGUUUACCAGCCUCUUGAUCUCUCGAACGGCCAACCCCUGCCGGAGCAGUUGCCAUACUCGGUUAUUGGAUCGGAAAAGAUGUUGCAGAAUGAGCACGGCCAGGAGGUUCGCGGUCGCCAGUACUCUUGGGGAGUUGCAGAGGUUGAAAACGAGGAUCACUGUGAUUUCAAAAAGUUGCGUAAUUUGCUGGUUCGCACCCACAUGCUUGAUCUUGUGCAUUCGACCGACGAGCUUCACUACGGUGCCUACCGUUCGCAGGCUAUCACCACCCGCCAGCCCGGCGAGACUCGCAACCGCAGCCAGGUCAACCCGCAGUAUAAGGAAGAGGAGCAGGCUCUUCGCCGCGCCUUUACCGAACAGGUCAACGUUGAGGUCUCCCGGUUCAACAAAUGGGAGCACAAUCUUAUUGCUGAGCGGGACCGCUUGAACAAGGAUCUAGAGGACACCCAUGCGGCUAUUCGGAAGCUGCAGAUUGAAGUCGACCAGCUGGCCGGCCGUGCGUAG